UGCAGCAGGGAGACGAUUACAAUCAUUGUGUUUGUGUUUUGUAUGAUGACAGGGUGAAGAUUAAAAUCCCGACAGUGUGUGUUUAAUGGGACGUCAGGGUGAGACGCCUGAGAAUUCGGUGCAGUGAUGGCCCACGUGCUAGUUAAGAGUUUCCUCCUCCUGUCUGUCUUUUCACUUGGUUCUGCUAUUAUUUGCUACAUAUGCGACUCAGACGAUGAUCUGUCGUGUUCGAAGCAGAAUUGUCCCUCACAUUUUGAUACCUGUCUGAAUGUCACUCGAGUUCCCCGCAAGUUUUUGCGUCGCUGUUGGACUGAUCGGGAAUGUCAUGUCAAGGCCGUGAAGGCUGAGUACAGUAGGGAUUCAGAUUUCAGCUUCACCUGCUGUAACUGGGACCUCUGCAACUCCAGAAGUGGCAGCUCCAGGGUGGACAGGAACCUCGGCUUGCUGGCUGUCCUAGCUCCUCUUGCUGGAUGGCAUCUUUCCAGGUUCUAAAACUGGACUAACGUAUGACCACUGCUUGCCACAAAAAAAACUCCUCUUGAAAGUCUUGGCAAACACUGCUCACAGCCUUGUAAAGAGGGUCUAAAUGCACUAAAUUGUAUCUGCCCAGUGUAACAUUUGUAACAGUCUGUCAUCUACUGUUCAUUUCUGACAUUCUUCCAUUUAGUCAUUUAAGCCUAGAAGGGGAGGUCACUGUCAUCCUUUCUUCAGAAUGGGAGUGCUCUGGAUGUGAGUGUACCCUCAGGACCUCUCUGCUUCCCUGCGUUUAGUUGAAUUUGAAUCAGCCACUGCUAACUCUGAGUUUUAAACACUAACUGCUUUGCUGUAUCUUUCAUAAUGUAUAGUGAUCCUGCCUGGCCACUACUGCAACAUGGCACCCACACAGCCCAAGGUAGAACUGUUCUAGUGGGUGGCCCCUCACUAAGAACAUGGCUGUGUUAAUUAUUAAACUGUAGCAGACAAGAUUAAGGACACUGUCUCAGUCAUUGAGCCUUGUCUGAAUCCUGUCUGUCCGUGAAACAGUUCCGGAGCUUACUUAUGUUGUGUACAUUAAAUGAAGCAUCUAGCUGAUGCCUCUGUAUUCAAUAACAAUAAAAGUUAUCUUCUGGGAUGA